CUUGUGUUAUGCAAAACAGAAGGGUGGGUGAAUGUCCAAGGCUAAUGAUAUAGUGCUGUGUGAUGUCUGUAGUGUCCCCACAAGAAUGUAGGCAUUCGCCCUCAAGCUCCCCGACAAAUGUAGCUCUCGCUGAAUCGAUCUCAAUGGAAACAUUGAAUGCCUCUCUCCACUCUAACAUCUGUGCUAUGCAUAAAUAAACAACCGUUAAAACGCCUACCCGUGAUGACCCUGCCAUGGAAAGAGAGGAAGGGUGGUGAUUAAGGUAAUUAAGUAAUCCUAAUAGUCUUAAGUCGAUACAGUAUGACAUCAGGAGUCAGCCAGAGACAGACCUGAGUUCCUAGUGAUUACUCCAUUUAAGCUCAAUUAGUCAAAACGGACAUGAUGCGUUACACAGAAAGACUUGGCUCCAUGUCAGGUCGGAAUGGUCCAGCUAGGUCACUGACAGGCACACGACGUAUGCCUCCUGCUAAAAACAUUUACCUCAGAUGUGAAGUGUUUACCUCAUUAGUCGUUUACCUCCUGCUAAUGAGCGUGACAUACUCCAGAGAUGCUCUCCUGCGCAGAAUUGAACUAUAUGAAUGUGGAUAUCUCCUGAAAUUCUCCUUGUUCAUAGAAUGUAACAGAGAGCUGAAUUUCCAUCUAAUGGGUAACAUAUUUUUUUAUAUUUAACUUCUAAAAAUAUAUCUAUUCACUUGAGUUCCAACUUUGAGCAUGUACGGUAGUGUCAACCCUGAGUUUCAUAUCUGGGACGAUUGAGUAAAAUGCCUCUCAAAUGACAACAAGCUCAGUCCGAUGAUGCUGUGACACACCGCCCCAGACCAUGAUGGACCCUCCACCUCCAAAUCGAUCCCGCUCCAGAGUACAGACCUCGGUGUAACACUGGUGUAACGCUCAUUCCUUUGACGAUAAACACAAAUCCGACCAUCACCCCUGGUGAGACAAAACCGCGACUCGUCAGUGAAGAGCACUUUUUGCCAGUCCUGUCUGGUCCAGCGACGGUGGGUUUGUGCCCAUUGGCGACGUUGUUGCCUGUGAUGUCUGGUGAGGACCUGCCUUACAACAGGCCUGCAAACCCUCAGUCCAACCUCUCUAAGCCUAUUGCGGACAGUCUGAGCACUGAUGGAGGGAUUGUGCGUUCCUCGUGUAACUCGGGCAGUUGUUGUUGCCAUCAUGUACCUGUCCCGAAGGUGUGAUAUUCGGAUGUACCAAUCCUGUUCAGGUGUUGUUACACGUGGUCCACUGUGAGGAUGAUCAGCUGUCUGUCCUGUCUCCCUGUAGCGCUGUCUUAGGCGUCUCACAGUACAGACAUUGCAAUUUAUUGCCCUGGCCACAUCUGCAGUCCUCAUGUCUCCUCGCAGCAUGCCUAAGGCACGUUCACACAGAUGAGCAGGGACCAUGGGCAUCUUUCUUUUGGUGUUUUUCAGAGUCAGUAGAAAGGCCUCUUUAGUGUCCUAAGUUUUCAUAACUGUGACCUUAAUUGCCUACCGUCUGUAAGCUGUUAGUAUCUUAACGACCGUUCCACAGGUGCAUGUUCAUUAAUUGUUUAUGGUUCAUUGAACAUGCAUGGGAAACAGUGUUUAACCCUUUACAAUGAAGAUCUGUGAAGUUAUUUGGACUUUUACGAAUUAUCUUUGAAAGACGGGGUCCUGAAAAGAGGUAACUUUUUUUGUUGUUGCUGAGUAGUUGUGUACAGGUGUGGGGGGCUGCCUCCCCCCUAUCUGAUUCAGAGGGGUUGGAUUAAAUGAGGAAGACACAUUUCUUUUGAAUGCAUUCAGUUGUGCGACUGACUAGGUAUCCCCUUUCCCAUAUGGGGGAGUGAAUGCUGUAGGUGUUUGUUCCCCUGUGUGCUGCGUGUGUCAGGUUCUUGUCCAGUUCUGGUGUUUAGGUCACCACAGACUAGUAUAUGUCCCUGGGUCUGGAAAUGGUUGAUCUCCCUCUCUAGGAUGAAGAAGCUGUCGUCAUUAAAGUAUGGGUCGUCUUUUGGGGGAAUAUUGGUAGCACACAGGUGGACAUUUUUCUCUGUUGAGAUUGACUUAUUUAUUUCUAACCAGAUGUAAAAUGCUCCUGUUUUGAUUAACUUAAUGGAGUGGGUUAGGUCUGAUCUAACAAAUUGGCAUACCCCUUGACUCUUCCCUGUUUCACUCUUGGUAGCUUGGUGGAUGGGACUAGUGUGGAUGGGACUAGCAACCAGUGUGUCCAUCACCUCUAUACCAUGUUUCUCGAUCUUCCAUCUAGUCAUUUCCUAGCAUCCAGUGGGUAGGUGGUCCAACCGUUUGAGUAAAAUAAAUGUCUCUCCCUGUGUUGUAUUCAUGAGGCACAAAAAAAAGAAGAAAAAGGCUGAAACGGGGAGAUACUAUCUACACUUGUUCAGUAAGAAACACUAGUUUAUGUUUUCUGUUGCGCAACGUUCUGCUACGUUGUGCUCUCAUAAAUACGACCCUGAUGAGCGUAAAAGAGCAGCAAGCCAGACAUUCUGGGAGCACACUCCUCCUGUGGAGGAACAGAAAAGAGACAGCAUUUCUGUCCGUUUUUUCCUUCAUCCUGCAGAUGGGAAGCUCAUAGUACCGUCAGUUGCCCUCCAGGCCAGCCAGAGGAGAUACUGUACCUCAGGAUUAAUAUGUUUAUUGAGAAAAGGGAACAUGCUAUACGCUCCGCGCAAUACCAUUUCCUUCCAUCCCACAUUCCCAGUUUGUGAUAUGGCGUUCCGAUCCAACCCGGGGCAUGGAAGAUUCCAGGCAAAGGCCUAGCUACACCUGGGUUGUAUUCAUUAGUGCCCACGGUAGCAAAAACAAAACGAUAGUUACUUGUUGGACAAGAAACAAUUGAAUGUGAUUUUUGUCUUCCACCGGAAUGGACAUUUUCACACAACCCACCUUACUUCGACUUACUCAGUUGAAUGAGACCUUAAUCAUUGUCCCUCUGUUUCAGAGCAACAUUUGAGGCUUCGUAAUAACGGUGAGUCAGUCUUUGGCUUCAUCUUAUUAUUCAUGUCAGCCCCACCUCAUUGUGUGACAGGGAUCCUCAUUUUGGAAAUGAAAGGGUGAUGAGAAUGGACAUGAGAGUAAGGUGAUGAGUAGAAUUUAAGAUGGCGCCAAAGAGGAUGACUGACGUUUUACAUGCCCGUAACCAAUUGUGCUAUUUUGUUUGUUUGUAAAAAAUAUUUUUUUAUAUGUUGCUGCUACCGUCUCUUAUGACUGAAAAUAACUUCUGGACAUCAGAACUGGGAUUACUCACCACAAAUUUCUACCUUUUAACGAGAUUUCUACCUUUUAACGAAAAAUAUAUACUGCACUCCCGCGAACAGGCCCAGAUCCCUGUCAUUUGCGUAAAGAAAAGACAGAGGAAAAGAGGACGCAGAUCGGGCUGCCUUUGGAGAAUCCGUAGGCAAGCAAGUAAACUCCCACUGCCAUCAAUUCUACUUGCUAACAUGCAAUCAUUGGAAAAUAAAAUGGAUGACCUACGAUUACAAUUAUCCUACCAACGGGGCAUUAAGAAUUGUAAUAUGUUUCACUGAGUCGUGGCUAAACAAUGACAUGGAUAAUAUAGCGCUGGAGGGAUUUUCAAUGCACUGGCAGAACAGAGAAGUUACGUCUGGUAAGAUGAGGGGUGGGGGUGUGUGUCUUUUUGUCAAUAGCUGGUGCGCGAUGUCUAAUAUUAAAGAAGUAUCGAGGUAUUGCUUGCCUGAGGUAGAGUACCUUAUGAUAAGCUGUAGACCACACUAUCUACCAAGAGAGUUCUCAAACAUGUUAUUCGUAGCCAUCUAUUUACCACCACAGACCGAUGCUGGCACUAAGACCAUACUCAACCAACUCUGUAAGGCCAUAAGCAAACCAAGAAAAUACUCACUCAGAAGCGGCGUUCCUAGUGACUGGGGACUUUAAUGCAGGCCAAUUUAAAUCUGUUUUACAACAUUUUUCCCAGCAUGUCUCAUCUGCAACCACAGGGAAAAAAGCUCUUGACCACCUUUUACGCCACACACAGAGAUGCAUACAAAGCUCUCCCCUACCCUCCAUUUGGCAAAUCUUACCAUAAUUCUAUCCUCCUUAUUCCUGCUUACAAGCAAAAACUAAAGCAGGAAGUACCAGUGACUCGCUCAAUACGGAAAUGGUCAGAUGACGCGGAAGCUACGCUACAGGACUGUUUUUCUAGCACAGACUGGAAUAUGUUCCGGGAUUCAUCCAAUGGCAUUGAGGAGUAUACCACCUCAGUCAUCGGCAGCAUCAAUAAGUGCAUCGACUACGUCGUCCCCACAGUGACCGUACAUGCAUAUCACACCAGAAGCCAUGGAUUACAGGCAACAUCCGCAUCGAACUAAAUGCUAGAGCUGCCACUUUCAAGGAGCGGGGGACACUAAUCCGGACACUUAUAAGAAAUUUCGCUAGGCCCUCAGACGAACCAUCAAACAAGCAAAGCAUCAAUACAGGAUUAAGAUUGAAUCCUACUACACAGGCUCUGAUGCUCGUCUGAUGUGGCAAGGCUUGAAAACUAUUACGAACUACAAAGGGAAACCCAGAUGCGAGCUGCCCAGUGAUGCGAGCCUACCAGUUGCGCUAAAUGCCUUUUAUGCUCACUUCGAGGAAAGCAGCACUGAAGCAUGCACGAGAGCCCUAGCUGUUCUGGAUGACUGUCUGAUAAUGCUCUCUGUAGCCGAUGUGAGGAAGACCUUUAAACAGUUCAACAUUCACAAAGCAGCGGGAUUACCAGGACGUGUACUCAAAGCAUGCGCAGAUCAACUGGCAAGUGUCAUCACUGACAUUUUCAAUCAGACUGAGUCUGUAAUACCUACGUGUUUCAAGCAUAGUCCCUUUGCCCAAUGAAACGAAAUGUAACCUGCCUAAAUGAUUACCGUCCCGUAGCACUCACGUCGGUAGCCAUGAAGUGCUUUGAAAGGCUGGUCAUGGCUCACAUCAACAGCAUCCUCCCGGAUACCCUAGACCCACUCCAAUUCGCAUACCGCCUCAGCAGAUUCACAGAUGACGCCAUCUCAAUUGCACUCCACACUGCACUUUCCCACUUGGAAAAAAGGAACACCUCGAUGGGAAUGCUGUUCAUUGACUACAGCUCAACACCAUAGUGCUCAUCACUAAGCUAAGGACCUUGGGACUAAACACCUCCCUCUGCAACUGGAUCCUGGACUUCCUGACGGGCCGCCCCCAGGUGGUAAGGCAACAACACAUCUGCCAUGCUGAUCCUCAAACACUGAGUCCCCUCAGGGGUGUGUCCCGUCCUUGUCUCCCUGUUCACCCACGUCUGCGUGGCCAAACACUACUCCAACACAUUCAAGUUUGCUGACGACACAACAGUGGUAGGCCUGAUCACCGACAAUGAUGAGACAGCCUAUAGGGAGGUCAGAGAACUGGCAUUGUGGUGCCAUGACAACAACCUCUCUCUCAAUGUAAGCAAGACAAAGGAGCAGUAAGGCGCUACAGAGGGUAGUGCGUACAGGCCAGUACAUCACUGGGGCCAAGCUUCCUGCAAUCCAGGACCUAUAUAAUAGGCGGUGUCAGAGGAAGCGCCUAAAAUUGUCAGAGACUCCAGUCACCCAAGUCAUAGACUGUUUUUUCUGCUACUGCACGGCAAGCGGUACCAGAGCGCCAAGUCUAGGACCAAAAAGCUCCUUAGUAGCUUCUACCCCAAACCAUAAGACUGCUGAACAAUUAAUCAAAUGGCCACCGGACUAUUACAUUGACCCCCCUCCAUUUGUUUUGUACACUGCUGCGACUCGCUGUUUAUUAUCUAGGCAUAGUCAACUCACCCCUACCUACAUGUACAAAUUACCCCCGCACACUGACUCGGUACUGGUACCCCCUGUAUAUAGCCUUGUUAUUGUGUUACUUUUUAUUAUUUUUUUACUUUAGUUUAUUUGGUAAAUAAUUUCUUAACUCUUCUUGAACUGCACUGUUGGUUAAGGGCUUGUAAGUAAGCACUUCACGGUAUACUUGUUGUAUUCGGGCGAAUGUGACAAAGUUUGAUUUGAAUACAACCCUGUCUCACAUCACAAAGUGUUCACACCUACAGCAAACAACUACAGCAAGAUAAGCUUAUGGGUUCAGGGUGAGAGAAUAUCAUUUCUGGCCACACCAGGCUCAAAACGAGCAGUUCAAUAAAGAUGAUGUUCUAAUAGAACUCAACACAGAACAUCCUAUAAUGCACUAAUGAUAUUAGUAUGUCACUUAAGUGGGCUGUGCGACUGUGGACUGAUUUACGGUCUGUGCUUUCGGCUCUGUCCCUAAUUUAAGGUGGCCUUUGACUCUGGCCCUCUAUAGGUUGUACUCUUACAUCACUUUUGAGACUGACGCAGUAUCUAACAAGAACACAAUUCUGUUGUACCUCUUUAACUUUGUGACACGUCACUUUAACUCACCAGAGAGUGUCUGACAGUCCGAGACUGUCCAAGAACAUCCAUAAGUUGUGUGUUAAAGAGAUAUUCAUACGCUGCAGUCCUCACCCGUCCAUUGGCUAAAGUCCCUUCCAGCAGCUUAUAGUCUCCCUUCAUAGUCACAGAGAGUGGUUAGAGCCCCGGCCAGCACUCCCAAUCCCACUUAGCGGUCAUGGAGCCAGUUAAGCAUGGAUUACUUGACUGCUCCACAAUCGUCAGCUCAGCUGGCUGCUUUAGACCAUUAAGGUCCGUUCCCAAGACAAGCUUGCACUGAGCGUGCCCACAACGUGCCGUCCUGCCAUCUUGGCUGCUGUCUGGGGACAUCUUUGAAGCUCAAUGAGGUUGGUGAUUGGUGGGCUAAAACCACGUGCUACCUGGACCGCACCAAACAUCCCGUCCUACUGGCCACUUGGCUGGACAACCAGGCUGCAGAAAAUAGACCUUUUUGUUUCUGUUGCUAGGCGGUGGACAAACCAAGGGUUGACAUGACAUUGUUUGGUCAGUUGUAGGUUUGUUGUAUUCAGUCUUCGCCCACUACCUUUGUGAGGAGCCAAACUCCUAUCACUUCCUAUCCACGACAUUAUUGAAUUAACAGCUAAAUUAAAAUGAGUUAAUAGAUUAGAAAACCCCCUGAAAUACACCGUGGUAGGGGUAUACGGGUGCCAAAGUUUGGAGGCUUUGCUAUAUUGGCCUAGCUGAGCCAGAGGUCCAGGUGUUAGGGCAGAGGUCUAGUGAUGGUUGAUGGCGUACGGUUGGACUGGAGAAUGUAAGCCAGCCAAGCCAACACAACACAUGACAGGUGGAAGGAGAACCCACACAGCACAGCACACGGGUCAGAUCAAAUAGGGUCUGCUAUGCCCAUCACUUGCUAAAAUGCUUUAGCAGCUAGCAGUGUGCUUUCCUUCUCCGGUGUCACUGGACUCCCUAGUUGUUAGAUCAUAUACAGCCCAUAAUCCGUCCUAUGAGACCUCCACUAGGAAAGAUGGGCCUCUCUGUGUCUCCCUGAAACACAACCCGUACUGUUAUCCUCAGUACGGCCCUGACAAAAGAAACCCAGAUCAGUCUCACCAUGCACCUACACACACACACACACACACACACACACACACACACGUGUGUGAACGUGCACACACGCAUCAUAUGCACGCACACACACAUGCAUGCAUGCGCACUCGCACACAGUCACGCGCACGCCGGUGAAGUAGGAAACAUCCAUAUUAAAGCAGCUGCUGCUUUUUUUUAGUUGCCACAACCCUAUCUCACCAGGAGUCAAAACACAUUGACUGAGAAAAGCUGGAAAUCCCAUUCCGUCCGGGAGCUUCUGAUCCACACCCAAAACUAACUACCGUCAGUGCCAGGAAUGUCACUUCGACUGGACAAACUAAUGCGACCCACCUGGAAAUCCAGUCAUCUUAGGCAGGGGGAAGGGGGAGACAGAGUGAAAGAGGUAGAGGAAUACGAGGAGGACACGGAUUACUUAAACCCUGCAGAAGUGCAGGUAUAAUGCUUUAUGAAUUGUUAUAAGCGUAUGACCUUUCAUAAUGGCUCAAGACAUAGAAUGCAGUUAUGUGGGAAAUGUUUAUUUGACUCAAAAUGCUUGGUAUUUUGUCCGGAUCAUAAUGAGUUUAGACGUUAUUAAGGAGUCAUGCAUGCGUAUGACAUGUCUUACACUGCAUUAUAACCUCCUCAUAAUGCUGCCGCCUCAUUAUACCUGCAGGCUUUAAGUGAAGAGCUACAAAUCAAACCUUAAGCUCUUUAUCCCCACAAAAUGCACUGGCCCAUACAACUUCUAAGAUAAUCGACUUCGCAAUCUUGCAAAAUGCAUCUUGCAUCACCGUCAGUGGUAUAUGCAGAUAACAUGCAAGAGUUCCGGUCCUGGUCUCUACUAUAGCUCUACACAAAAAAUAUAUAUAAUAUAAGGUAGUUCACGUUACUCACUUCAACUGCCAAGAGGAAACAGAUUAGCCAAGAUGUUUGUCAGUUGUUUCCACACAACUUCACAGCCAAAGAGAGGAGAUAAAAACACAUCUAAAACACAUGCUGCUUUUUUGCUCAUUUGCCCGCACUAAUCAACUGCUUAGAAGUGUAGAAUGAUUGAAUAACUUGAAAUUAUGCAAAGUGGGUAAAGACACACAGAUAUGUGAAAAAAUACAGAGCACUUCAAAUCUUCCGCAUAAAUCCUAUGAAAGUCAUACCCCACAUGAAAUAAAACUUUUCCAUCUAUAUGACCUAUUCCAACCAUCUCAGUUUGGCAUCUGUAGAACGUUUCAGAGCGAUUGUGGCAACGUAUGUGUACGAACAAAUAUUUUUGCAUUUGCUAUAGGCCUAAGUCCCCAAUCCCAUCUAACCAGUGCCUCGGUACUCAUUCACUCAUGUUAGAGCAUAAUAGCCGGUGUUUCCAUCCCCUCCUGUUAAAAUGAGGUCAGAUGAGAGAGGUCAGACCGGCUCGAUUGCUCUUAAUGAGAUAGAAAUUCUCAUCAUGCCGCUAGAGGACCCUGGACCUCCAUGGCCCUCUGGGCAAUCCACAUACUGACACCACAACCCAUGCAUCUCAUCCAGCACAUUAAAAUAGGUCUAACUAGAAAACACACGAGUGCACUCUCCCCGGAACCACAUCGCCAAAAUGUAUUUGAGAGCCCUGCUCUCUAUCCAACUCAUUAGCAUGAUGUGUUAAUGUGUAGUUCCUCUCCAUAUGAUCUGAGGAAUUAGCUAGCUAGUCGCCCUGCUCGACUAAAGCGACUCUCGCUCACAAAACAUGUUAAGUUAGCUAUUGUAUUUUGUUUUCAAAACAUUAUGUUUCAGACGUCAAUGACCUUCAUUAGUUGUUGUUGUUAGAUGUGGAAGAUGCAGACGAGUGAAGAAUAGUGACUAAGACAUUAGAUUCUAACUCCCCGACCGUCUCAAACUCUAAAGAUGAGCUCAAGGGGAGAUGAUGUGGCUGUCCGAGAGGAUGCGACUCUUCACGGUGCAUCAAUCCAAUGGUUCCUGUCAGCUGGUUGGCACAGUGAAAACCCUGGCUUCUCUUCGUUUAUUGGGCCGAACUGUCCUGAUCAUUUUUUUAUGGACCCUGGGGGCAGGCUCUCUGUGAGUGUAAAAGAUCGGUUUUACGAGGGAGAGGGCCAACAAUCACAGUUGCGAAAUAAGAUAUUUUCAGAUGUUGGGUCCUUCCGUGGUGCAUUGACAUGAAGAGUCUUUUCAACAGUGGUGUGUAUUCAUGGAUUCCAAGGGAAGCCAGGCUUCCCCAAAAAAUGUACCAACAAAAAAAGAAACAAAUAAUUUCUUUAAUCUCUCUGUGUUUCAUAAUUUUCCUUCAAGUUGCAAGAGGCUGCAUUUUUGUAUUUCACCAGGGAAAGCCUCCGAGCGAGCGAAACAGACCCCACUUUUCUUUGUAUGUGUAGCCCAUCUAUCUGAUGCUGUCUGGUCAAAAAGAGUAUGACAAAAAGAGUAUGAUACUGUACAGUACCGUGCAGUAUUGAAGAGCCCUCACUGCUGAUCAAUCAUCCUAUUUUCCCAACAUAAUUGAGGAAAAUAAGAACAAUCCAACAUUUAUUUUUGAUGCUGUCGCAAAGCUAACUAAAAAGCAGCAGGGGUGUGUCACUUGAAUGGGUUGAGUCACUGAUGUGAUCUUCUUGUCUGGGUUGGCGCCCACCCUUGGGUUGUGCCGUGGCAGAGAUCUUGGUGGGCUAUACUCGGCCUUGUCUCAGGAUGGUAAGUUGGUGGUUGAAGGUAUCCCUCUAGUGGUGUGGUGAGGUUAUGUCCUGCCUGUUUGGGCCUGUCCGGGGGUAUCAUCGGACGGGGCCACAGUGUCUUCCGACCCCUCCUGUCUCAGCCUCCAGUAUUUAUGCUGCAGUAGUUUGUGUCGGGGGGCUAGGGUCAGUCUGUUAUAUAUGGAGUAUUUCUCCUGUCUUAUCCGGCGUCUUGUGUGAAUUUAAGUAUGCUCUCUAAUUCUUUCUCUCUUUCGGAGGACCUGAGCCCUAGGACCAUGCCUCAGGACUACCUGGCCUGAUGACUUCUUGCUGUCCCCAGUCCACCUGGAUGUGCUGCUGCUCCAGUUUCAACUGUUCUGCCUGCGGCUAUGGAACCCUGACCUGUUCACCGGACGUGCUACCUGUCCCAGACCUGCUGUUUUCAACUCUCUAGAGACAGCAGGAGCGGUAGAGAUACUCUUAAUGAUCGGCUAUGAAAAACUAACUGACAUUUAUUCCUGAGGUGCUGACCUGUUGCACCCUCGACAACCACGGUGAUUAUUAUUAUUUGACCCUGCUGGUCAUUUAUGAACAUUUGAACAUCACCCGGCACAGCCAGAAGAGGACUGGCCACCCCUCAUAGCCUGGUUCCUCUCUAGGUUUCUUCCUAUGUUCUGGCCUUUCUAGGGAGUUUUUCCUAGCCACCGUGCUUCUACACCUGCAUUGCUUGCUGUUUGGGGUUUUAGGCUGGGUUUCUGUACAGCACUUUGAGAUAUCAGCUGAUGUAAAUACAUUUGAUUUGGUUCCUGUAGCAUUGAAUGCAAGGGAAGCCAGCCUGCAUUUGGCCUCCCUUGAUAAAAACAAUAUAAAAUAAUAGUCAUUUAGCAUUGAGCUCAACUGUGAAUGGUCCCGAUUCACCCCCCAAAAAAGUGUCAGUGGAAGCCAGUUUGGAUUUGGCUUCACACCAAUCACAUCACGAUCACAGCUAAACAACAUUGACAGAAAAAACUUUAAUUGUUGCAUCUCGCUGUGUCGUUUUCCUCCGGUGUCUAGCUAGCUAGCUAAAAUUGUCCUGUUCCUAAAUUAACCAUGGAUGGAGAUAGGGAUUUGGACUUGUGGUUUUUACUAAAUUCUCCAUACUGGCCAAUGAUAAUAAAGGCGAUUCUGAUCCAACCAUAAAUUCAUACAUUGCCUCUGGCCUGAAAGGAUGGAAGUUCAAUAUGUAGAUAGAUAUAGUAGGCUUGUUAACUAGCUGGUUCAUCAUUGCCCAUGAAAGGAAGUUAGGCUAGCGAGCAAGCAUUUUAGCCAGGACAACAAAAACUAAACGUGUGUAGCCUACCGUAUGAUAGUCAUAGACCGUUUCGGCGACAUGAGAGGAGGAUGGCAUUGGCGUUUCUCUACAAGUAGGGUGAGUCAACAUGUUUUUUUUGUACUUGUACGUACACACACACACACACACACACACACACACACACACACACACACACACACACACACACAGAAAUUGCUACCAUGGACAGCCACAUCAUACACUGCUCAAAAAAAUAUAGGGAACACUUAAACAACACAAUGUAACUCCAAGUCAAUCACACUUCUGUGAAAUCAAACUGUCCACUUAGGAAGCAACACUGAUUGACAAUAAAUUUCACAUGCUGUUGUGCAAAUGGAAUAGACAACAGGUGGAAAUUAUAGGCAAUUAGCAAGACACCCACAAUAAAGGAGUGGUUCUGCAGGUGGUGACCACAGACCACUUCUCAGUUCCUAUGCUUCUUGGCUGAUGUUUUGGUCACUUUUGAAUGCUGGCGGUGCUUUCACUCUAGUGGUAGCAUGAGACGGAGUCUACAACCCACACAAGUGGCUCAGGUAGUGCAGCUCAUCCAGGAUGGCACAUCAAUGCGAGCUGUGGCAAGAAGGUUUGCUGUGUCUGUCAGCGUAGUGUCCAGAGCAUGGAGGCGCUACCAGGAGACAGGCCAGUACAUCAGGAGACGUGGAGGAGGCCGUAGGAGGGCAACAACCCAGCAGCAGGACCGCUACCUCCGCCUUUGUGCAAGGAGGAGCAGGAGGAGCACUGCCAGAGCCCUGCAAAAUGACCUCCAGCAGGCCACAAAUGUGCAUGUGUCUGCUCAAACGGUCAGAAACAGACUCCAUGAGGGUGGUAUGAGGCCCGACGUCCACAGGUGGGGGUUGUGCUUACAGCCCAACACCGUGCAGGACGUUUGGCAUUUGCCAGAGAACACCAAGAUUGGCAAAUUCGCCACUGGUGCCCUGUGCUCUUCACGGAUGAAAGCAGGUUCACACUGAACACGUGACAGAGUCUGGAGACGCUGUGGAGAACGUUCUGCUGCCUGCAACAUCCUCCAGCAUGACCGGUUUGGCGGUGGGUCAGUCAUGGUGUGGGGUGGCAUUUCUCGCCAGAGGUAGCCUGACUGCCAUUAGGUACCGAGAUGAGAUCCUCAGACCCCUUGUGAGACCAUAUGCUGGUGCGGUUGGCCCUGGGUUCCUCCUAAUGCAAGACAAUGCUAGACCUCAUGUGGCUGGAGUGUGUCAGCAGUUCCUGCAAGAGGAAGGCAUUGAUGCUAUGGACUGGCCCGCCCGUUCCCCAGACCUGAAUCCAAUUGAGCACAUCUGGGACAUCAUGUCUCGCUCCAUCCACCAAAGCCACGUUGCACCACAGACUGUCCAGGAGUUGGGGGAUGCUUUAGUCAAGGUCUGGGAGGAGAUCCCUCAGGAGACCAUCCGCCACCUCAUCAGGAGCAUGCCCAGGCGUUGUAGGAAGGUCAUACAGGCACGUGGAGGCCACACACACUACUUAGCCUCAUUUUGACUUGUUUUAAGGACAUUACAUCAAAGUUGGAUCAGCCUGUAGUGUGGUUUUCAAGUUUAAUUCUGAGUGUGACUCCAAAUCCAGACCUCCAUGGGUUGAUAAAUUUGAUUUCCAUUGAUAAUUUUUGUGUGAUUUUGUUGUCAGCACAUUCAACUAUGUAAAGAAAAAAGUAUUUAAUAAGAAUAUUUCAUUCAUUCAGAUCUAGGAUGUGUUAUUUUAGUGUUCCCUUUAUUUUUUUGAGCAGUGUAUUUAGUUUACGUUGAUUGGACUAAAUUGUUUUUGGUAUCUUUUAAUUGUCACCGUAUUAGACUAAGCAUAGGUGAUUUGAUGAUGUGGAAGUUGAAAUUGUGCUGGAAUAGUGGAGGCAUCUCCUGUUUUCUUUGCGACUUGCGGUAACUCUGUGAUUCUAAAUAAAUAGUUGUCUAAAAUGUCGGAAACAUUAACUUGAUUGUCCAUGCUGUAUGUCAUGUAACUGUUUGUUACAUGCAAUAUGAUUUGUGGACAGAUGUUGCUGUCUGGUUUUGUGAUGAAACAAAGGUGGUUGAAUUUAUUCUGCCCCUUUCUUCUUAUUGUCUCUGCCUUUAGGCUUAUAUAUCACGGUGGCAAGGCAUAUGAACUAACAUGUUAUAGAGCAAAUAACACAAUUAUCACAACACACAAUAUGCAAUUUUUUCCCCUGGCUUGGCAUCCCCAGUGAUUUUACCCAUCUACUGCUUUUCAAAGCACUCACUGAUUAUGGCAUCUCUGAAGAUAAAGUUGUCUGUUAUUAUAUAAAAUUCAGGAUUGUCCAUGCAAUGAGGAUGUUUCCAGUCACCAAAGCAUAAUGUGACAAUUUUUGCAUAUCCUUUUUUUUCUAUGCAGCCCCUGUCAACCAUUGUAGAGGAAUAUACACCUACUGUCUCUAUGGCAACCACUCUGAUUUGGCUGGAGUGGAGAUGGCUAGUGCACAGAGCUCUUGAACGAAGGCCAACCCAUACCUCCACACCUGGGAAAUACAUUGACUCCUCACAUACAUUUCCAGAUGUUAGUUGCUAUUUGAGAGACUUGUGAUCUCUCAUUGGACUGUCCACCAAUAAAAAACUGGCUAUCCCAGAAAAAGCGUGAGUGAGAUGCAUGAUUAGAACAAUGUGCAUAUGGUUGCAUAUGGAAUAUGGCUGUGAAUGUAUCUGAUCUAAGUCUAUAAUGCUUAAAAUCAAAUCAAAUUGUAUUAGUCACAUACAUGUUUAGCAGAUGUUAUUGCAGGUGUAGUGAAAUGCUUGUGUUUCUAGCUCCAAUAGUGCAGUAAUAUCUAACAAUUUACAACAAUACACACAGAUCUAAAAGUAAAAGGAUGGAAUUAAGAAAUGUAUUACUAUUAGGACGAGCAAUGUCGGAGUCCGGAGUAUAAAUAUAUCGUAUGUGAUGUAUGUGGAUAGAGUAUUUAGUAUAUCUGUAGAAUAUGUAGGAUAGAAUGGUAUAUAUACAGCAAUAUAGGAUAGCAUUGACUAGAACAACACACACAUCUAAAGGAAUGGAAUUAAGAAUAUAUAUAAAUAUAAUAUAAGUAUUUGGACUAGCCAUGUCGGAGCGAUUGUGAAUGAUCAGUGAUCUAUGUGAAUGCGAUUGCCUCUGACCCCCUGUUGUGAGGAGUGUGACUGUGCAGGUAGGCUCUGGGAUCUCUGCUCUGCUGUGGGCUAAGAGUAAAUGGGAUAAACUGGGUAUACAGGGCUGUGUGGCAGCAGUGACGCAGGGCUUUGCACUGCUUGAUAGAUGCCCUGAUGGCUGCCCCGACCGGCCAUGACAUGGCACAGCAUGUUAGUCCUAAUAUGAUAUGUUUGGCUUUGGCAGGUUUCUCUCUGAUGUUUGAUGGAGAUGAGCGUGUGUUUCUCUGAUGCUAGCUGUCAUGCUGUGCUGCACUGUGCCAUGGAAGUUCAGUCUGACACUGACAUUAGAGUCUGACUAGCACUGUGCUGUUGUCAGCUGUCUCACUCACACUUCAGUAGAGAGCAUUAAGCCCAGGGGGUAUGAUGAUGGGGAAAACAAGGGAUUCAAGACAACAGAGACCGCUAAUGUCCACAACACACAUUCACAACACUAGUUAGCCCAGGCCAGGGGGUAUAUUGACCAAGAAGAGAGAAAUACAUGGUUGCAUACAGGGACUAUACUCAUAUUGUCUGAACUUCUAUGGCUGGACACGUCCCCAUCACAUUCAUAAGACCACUGAGCUAGCCAGGCCUUCCCGAGCCGCUAGGCUAAAGUCCCCUCAACAUUGGUAAGACCCCUCCCACAUUAAAAAAAACUACAGUUUACUAUAGAAUAUUAAAGUACUUACUAUAGAAUUAUAUAGUAAACGGAAGUAUACUGUAGAAUAAUAUACUACACACUGUUGUAUCCCUCAAUCAUGUGUAGUAAUUAUAAUGUUGUAUCUUUAGAAUAAUAUAGUAAAUACUACAGUAUUAUCUGCAAAAAAAAGCACUGUAGUAAAUACUACAGUAAUGUCUGCAAAACUCUACUCUUUUUAACUAUAGUAAAUACUACAGUAUUUAAAUUGUGUAUACCCUGCACAUUCCCCACCCCCACAUUGCAAUUUGUGCCACACGUUAGUGAGAAACCUACAUGCCAAGUAUAGACCAUAUAUUGUGUUUCCUACAGGUUAUAGAAAAGAGCAGAAGCUCUGAACUAUCCGUUCAGACCCCAGACCUACCUACCUACCGGUUAUGGAAAAUGAGCUCUCUCAGUAUUUCUCCAGUAGGUUUCCUGAAGGAAAAAGCCUCCACUUCUAUGUCAAAGAUAAUGAAAACAAAAACACUAUAGAUACUGCAGUGACAUCUGCAAAAACACUACAGUAAAUCCUACAGUAUACUAUAGUCCACAAAAACACUUAAUUAAUUACUAUAGUAUAUACUACAGUUUUAUUUUACUACAGUAUUGAUACUAUACUUAACUGUAAAUACUCAGUAAAUACUACAGUAUUCACAGUAGUGUUUUUGCGGACGCAAAACACUACAGUGAAUACUAUAGUAUACUAUAGUAUUUUUUCAUGUGGGCUGGGAUCAGAUACAGCUUAACCAGGCACUAAAUCAGGUCACAACAUAUACUGUUUGAUAGACACAACAAUAGGGUUGGAGGUUAGGAAAGAGAGUGUUUAGGAAAGAGUGUUCUUUAGAGGUGAGAGUUUGGGGGGCUGGUUUAGGAAAUGGCAUUAGGGAAACCAUAAUUAGGUAUGUGUUGGUCCUGUGUGGUUCUAGGAACGCCAAGGUCAUGGGUUCAAAUCAUGCAGGGAUCACAUACUAAAAAUGUAUGCACUCACUGUAUUAAAAGUUGCCUUGGAGAAAACAUUUGCUGUAAGUGGCAUAUUUAUAUGACGUUUCCUCAACACAGCAAGUAAAUAUCAAUAUAGGAACACUGGAGCUCCCUAAAAUAGACAAACUAGGAAGUGUCAUUCUACAUUAUGACUCACAAUCAGUGGUGGAAAAAGUACUCAAUGGACAUACUUGAGUGAAAGUAAAGAUACCUUAAUAGAAAAUGACUCAAGUAAGAGUGAGUCACCCAGUAAAAUACUACUACUUAAGUAUCAAAAGUAUAAACCAUUUCAAUUGUUUUUUUUUUAAGGAUAGCCAGGCGCACACUCCAACACUCAGAUAUAAUUUACAAACAAAGCAUUUGUGUUUAGUGAGUCCGCCUGAUCAGAGGCAGUAGGGAUGACCAGGGAUGUUCGCUUGAUAAGUGUGUGAACUGGAUCAUUGUCCUGUCAAAAUGUAACUAGAACUUUAGGGUGCCAAGGGAAAAUGUAUGAAGGAAAAAGUACAUUAUUUUCUUUUGGAAUGUAGUGAAGUAAAAGUUGGCAAAAAUAUAAAUUGUAAAGUACAGAUACCCCAAAAAACUACUUAAGUAGUACUUUAAAUUAUUUUUACUUUAGUACUUUACACCACUGCUCACAAUAUGUUGUUGCUGGAUAUUUUUCAAAUUACUCAUAGAUUUGGUUAGGAUUGUGAUCUAACUUUUUCCUCUUUCCCAUAGAGGGCGGUAUGGCAAUGCCAACUCAAAGGUAGGCUUUUGCUCCACAAUUUUUGUAUGGUCAAUGAAAUCCUGCAAGUGAAAAUAACAUCUCUUUAUAGUGAAAGCCUAAUGCGAUAAUGCGAUUUCAACUCAAGGGAGGGCACAUUAGGUUAUUAUAUUUUCAAUUAACUGUGCCUGCAUUUCAUAAGAGAAUAUACAAAACUGUCAUUUUAUUUGUAGUAACAUUAGCAGGCGUAGAAAACGCCUGUGCGGUGUGGUGUCCCUCUUUCCGUUAGGUUAAGUUAGGUUAAAUUCUGUAUGCCUGACAACUGGCUACAUCCGCUUUUUGCCAACGUCGCUAUAGUGCGGCUGUAGUCAGAAGUCCGAUUUGCUAUUGGUGAGCACACUGUAUGAAUUGGUGAACACACUGCUCGCUUAAACCAGCUGUCAGCCGCACCAAUGUGUCGGAGGAGCCAAGGAAAGCCCCAACGGCCAAAACCCUCUCCCACCCUGGACGGCACUGGGACAAUUGUUUGCCGUCCUAUAAUGAGGGUCACGUGCAGUUGCGACAAAGCCUGGGAUGUAACCCCAGGCUGUUGAUGUCGCUCUAACUUAUCUUCGUUCAAAUAAUAAGGGGGGGGGGGGGGUUGUACAUAGCAUGUGACAUUCCUAAAACUGUACCUGCCUUUCAGCGAGAAGCGACGCCCACAAGCCAAGCACAGUGGAUAGGUAACGGUUAACUUUGGAAAACAAAAGUAGCCAAACUAAACCACAUACUUUUCACGUGACAAGUUACAUGGAAGGCUUUAAGAAUGUAUUGGAGACGAAAGGGGAAUCAAAUAUUUAGAAGUUGCGCGUCACAAUCCACGGGAUUCCACAGAGGGCUGAUCGCUGCAAAACUUGCCAAGUGCGUAUUCAUGCAAAUUAAAAAUCAUAGGCGUGCCUUAGGCGAUGGAGUCACAGCCCGAACUCAGAACUCCUAGUAUACCAACAAGCUCCAAAGACGGUGAUGCGCACAGUUCGGAUGCACUGAGUGACAACCGACGAGGAAACGUUUCACGCUCUAUAAAGAAAGGAAAAAGGCAGAAGUGACGACUAUCUUUGAGAGAAGAUCUUAUUUACUGUCCUCCCUCAUCUCACGACAAAAGACACGCGAGUCAACGGGAGUUAGCAGCUGUCAUUUCUUUACUGCGCACUGAGUAGCCUAUUUCGCCUUGAUUUGAUUUAUGUUACAGUAUAAUAUAGAGGUACUGCACUCUGACUGAAGAUACCGAUGUGGAUGAAGUGACAUUGCCCUUCUAUAGCCCACUGUCACUGCGCGUAAAAUCCACAUUUGGAUACGGACCUGUCUCUAAAGAAACUUCAUUGUCAAUUGCCGUUUAAUUUUCUCCACAAUGUCUGAAGAACAUAGUUGCACUGGUGCUAGUCCUAUAACUGAGGUUGAAAGCAGCAAUAUCAGCGUUCUCGGCUGGGAACAAGUGCAGCGUCUUGAUGCCAUCCUGACCGAGACCAUUCCCAUCCACGGCCGUGGAAACUUCCCCACUUUGGAGAUGAAACCCCGACAAAUAGUGAAGGUGGUGCGUAGUCGCAUGGAGGAGAGGAAUAUCCACGUCCGGGACGUACGGUUAAACGGGUCUGCUGCAAGCCACGUUCUUCAUGAGGAUAGCGGACUGGGCUACAAGGACCUUGACCUAAUCUUUUGCGCGGAUAUGAAAGGGGAAAGUGAUUUUCAGAUUGUGAAGGAUAUCGUUUUGGACUGUCUCCUGGACUUCUUACCUGACGGGGUGAAUAAGCAGAAAAUAUCACCAUUGACUUUAAAGGAAGCCUAUGUGCAGAAGAUGGUGAAGGUGUGCAAUGAUUCAGACCGCUGGAGCCUCAUCUCCCUCUCCAACAACAGAGGCAAGAACGUGGAGCUCAAGUUCGUAGACUCUCUGAGGCGGCAGUUUGAAUUCAGCGUGGACUCCUUCCAGAUCAAGCUGGACUCCCUGCUGCUGUUCUAUGAAUGCUCUGAGAACCCCAUGGCCGAGACCUUCCAUCCCACCAUCGUGGGCGAGAGUGUGUUUGGGGACUUUGGUGCUGCCCUCGACCACCUACGCCAGAAGGUGAUCUGCACGCGCAACCCAGAGGAGAUCCGGGGCGGCGGUCUGCUCAAGUACUGUCACCUGCUGGUAAGGGGCUUCCAAGCCGACUCCGAGACAGAGAUGAAGUCCCUGCAGCGUUACAUGUGCUCGCGCUUCUUCAUCGACUUCUCGGAUAUCAGCGAGCAGCAGCGCAAGCUGGAGUCCUACCUGCAAAACCACUUUGUGGGCCUGGAGGACCGCAAGUACGACUACUUGAUGACCCUGCAUGGGGUGGUCAACGAGAGUACGGUGUGCCUGAUGGGACAUGAGAGGCGGCAGACCCUGGGGCUGAUCGCCAUGCUGGCGGUGCGCGUGCUGGCCGAGCAGAACGUCAUCCCAAAUGUGGCUAACGUCACCUGCUACUACCAGCCAGCCGCCUACGUGGCAGACGGUAACUUCAGUAACUACUACAUAGCCCAGGUACAGCCCAUGUUCCACUGCCAGCAGCAUGCCUACUCCACCUGGCUACCCUGCAACUGAGACAGCACAGGGAAAGGAAGGAGUGAGAGAGGGGGAGGGAGAGUGAUUCAUUCAUACAGAGGCUGAAUCACUGGGGUGACUCACUGUAAAGUGUUUUUCAGAUAAAUGAAUGAGAAAAAAGGUAUCCCCAUGGCUCACCAACCUGUAUUGAAUUUAAUUUAGUCAUGUUCUGUUAGAGAGUGAUGGGGGGAAGAAAAUAACAGUUGGGUCUCAGCUCCUGUGAGGUCCGUCUUAAACCAAUGGCAGGACAGUUUACUGUGAAAAUGCCACCCUGUCCGACACCUAACCCAAGCUUGGGAAGUAUGGGAUGGCGUUUUGCCCAAUACAAUGCAAACAAUGAUGGACAAGAAUGAAAGCAGCAGCAAUACUUUCAUUGACACUGACCUGGAUUGACUGACUCUGUUGCAAACUGAAAAGGCAGUUGAAUUGAGCGAUAGACAGACAAUAAUGUGUGGCUGCAUUUGUGCCCUGUGGUGUCCAGCUGCCUCCAUGGCUGUGAGGAGGAUGCCGGCCCCUUUGCUCUCUGAGGGGUGUGUGGCUUGCACCCUGACGCGUGCUGGGCAAUGUCCCAGCAACACAGGGGUUACUAGAGCACCAUAAAACUCAAUUUCUGGUGAGACAAGCUUUGAAUGACAACAACUACACCUUAACUAGUAAUGAUUGAUAUGAACGUGUGUUUACAAACCAAAGAUUUUUCAUUUCUUGUUUUUAAUACCCAAGUUUGGUGGGGAAGAAAAAUAAUGUAUAAUGCUAUCUAUAUUUGUAUAUGUGAACAUGUGUUUUAAGUGCCUAACGCCUAUCAGUAGUAUAGGUAGAGGAAUAAUGAGCAGCGGGCCAUAUCAUUUUGUGAAUAAAUCCAGUUUGAUUUUCGUCAGGCACACAAGACAAUAGCACCCCAGUGGCUUGUGAAUGUAACCGUGAAAUCCUGGUACAGUCUGUGUUGAUGUCAUUUUUUUUGGAAGAAAACAACAUAUCCCCUUGCAGUCAUAGAGUAUUAGUCAAUGAGGGAGAGAUGGGGCUUUGCUGUACUUUGUACAAAGUAGUUUGACAGGUUGAUUUAAGACCUUGCGUUAACAUUUGCUGAUAUUUGAAACAUUUCAGCUCCAAUUAAUAACAGCAGUACCUCCUCAUAGGUGUGUUGAAGCCACAGAGGCUAGAGCACUAUUUUCUGUUGCUCUCCCGUAGUCAUUUUCAGACAAACAAACUCCACAGGAAUAUUAGUUUGUGCCAUAGUGCAUGUACAGAGAUUGUUUAAUAUUGUUUUGUCGUUGUUCAUGUCGACUGUUUCAGUUUCAUAUGGACUACUGUAUAUUCAGUUUCACGUGGUUUAAACUUUACUGUAUUUUGUAUAGGGGUGCUUAUCUUUUAACUCACCUUUUGUAGCAAGUUCACAGCAGGCUGAGGGAUUGACAAACCUUUGUCGGAAGAAAUAGAUGGAAAAAAUAAAUACAGAUGGAAAAAGAGACAGAACGGAUCGAAAAGGCAAAGAGAGAGUCAGUGUGUGUUCCCGUGCUGCCUUCUAGGAUGAUAUUUGCCGAGACACCCUAGCAGGGAAUUACGCAGCUACCGAAGAGGUUGAACUUAGCUGGGCUGUGUUUGUAGUGCAUGCACUCGCUUUGGGUCGGCUGCAUACCUACCAGAAAAUCUUGUGCCAAAUGUUUAUCUGCCUCUUGCCCAAUGUUGAAUGAGUGUUCUGCCUUUUGUCGAUGGAGAGCGAGGUUGAGGAUGUGUUGUUUUUAUAUUGAAGUACAAAUAUUGAGCUGUAGGGGGGGAUGGGGGGGGAGAAGAGAACUUGUGAAGGAGUGCAAGUGAGGGACAGAGGAAAACGUGAGAGGCAGGGAGCUGGGCUGGGGAGAUAGGUGCAGAUGGUGAAGGGGUUUGUCUUGCUUUCACCACAGACAGACAAGCACAGUGGUAAUACCUCUCUCUCCCACCUUUAAGAGGACCUAAGCAGAGAGAAUAGGCAGGAGAGAGAGGGGUCCUGGUACACACAACACAACUUUAGGGAGGUAGCCUAUUAAGCCGAGCACUAUUUAUUAUCAUUACCUCUGUGUGUCAGGGCCUCUUCUCUGUGGGACUAAACAGAUAUUCACGCAUGCCUUCUGAGCUUUGAUAACAUUCUCUGGGUUGGUGCACUGCCAUGGUAUAACUGUAAAUGACCUGUUAAUUGAGGCUAGGUUAGGCAGUGGUUACAUGAUCUAACUGCAAUGCUGUAAGUUCCAAGCCCAUGGGGAAAUACUGUCUCAUGCUAAUUCAGUUUCUCUAAUGCCAUUUCUAAACAUAACAUGUUGAUAGGAACUGCUAGGAAUUCAUUUUUGACAUGAAGAUGAAAAUGAAUGAUGAUUCAUCACCAGUAUUGUGGGUCUUGGGGUGAGAGACAGUGUUAUUAAAAAUAGCAACAUCGGUGUGUACUAUACAAAUCUAAAGUGUGUAUCUUUGGAGAAUAAUGAACAGUGUUUUCACUAAGGGUGGGAUCCCUGGCUUCCCACUAGUGUAGAAAUGGGUCAUGUCACAACUCUGUAGGACAUAUUAAGGAAACUACUGUCUUUGUCUCCACUGAUGAGAUCCUACUCGUGUCCUCUCUCCUCUCCCCUCACUCCCAUAGUGUGUAAGCUGUAAUGCAGCUCUCUUAAGGACAGAGUGAAUGGACAUCUAAUGGAGUUCUACAGGGCGGAGGCACUCCAUAGGGGAUGUGAAUCGGCUUAGGUGACCACUGUGUGACUGUAACCUGGGUGGUCAAGAGAACAGAGGAAGAUGUACUCUACUCAAAUCAUUCUGUAGACUCCUUUUUCUCUAUUUUGCUAUUUCACACGUUCUGGUCUUGCAUUUUUUAUUUUUGACUGUGUACAUUUUGAUGAUAUUGUCUGGAUCGUGCAGGCGGUGUGUAUUCGCCGUCUCUUCUCACCCUGUGAAAUUGGCUCAGAACAGCUCAGCCUACACCAGUCUACCAUGUAGUUAGCAAGCAACACACAGGCUGCUAUGGGUUACUGCAUAGUCUUGUAUGCAUUGUUUCAACGUUUCACCUCCUAUUCAUGCAGUCUUUUUUCAAUCAAACCGACAAAAAAAGAAAGAGCCUGCCUCAUAUGUAUUUUUUAUGAUUGUUUAUUUUUUUUAACUGUUUCAGACACUACCAUGUUGCAGCGCUUUGGAAUCUGUAAUCAGGUCGCAAAAUAUCAUUUCUCAGCUUUCAUUUCUUUUGUUGCAGAUCUUGUAAAUGUGUCUGUUUCGAAGAUAAAGGAUGUUUUCACCAUUAAAAAAAAAACCUGAAACCCACA